AUGUACGGAAGUAACCCCUUCGCAGCGCAAGACGCUAGCGUGCCCCCGCCGUCCGUCUUCGGCGCCCUCCCUUACCCUACUGUGUCCUCGUCGCUCCCGGGCGCGGUGACGUUCAGGUUCACAUCGUUCAGCCCAACCAUCUUGGACUGCAAGGUGAUCGGACCGCGCGACGAUACGUAUUUCCGCGUCGUAACGGACGCAGGCGGUUACACGAUGCUGAAGGAUGCACAGGGCUCGAAUAUUGCACUGUUGGAGUGGCAGGACCGCCCAACAGUCGAGGCGCGCGGUCUGGUCACGAAACAGCCCAUGGGUCAGUGGCUCAGACUCUCGACGGAUAGGAGUAAUCGAUUCAUGGUCUACAACGGCGCUUGGCUAUUCCUGGAGUCCCCACGACAGAUUUCUGCAGGCUCAUAUGACGUACUUGCUCGAGUAUUGAAGACACAUGAUGCCGUGGUGCUCGAAUUGACACCUCAUGCGAUCCAGCUUGGGCUGCUGGAACUUGGCGUGCUGGCCACAAUUCUAUUGCAGUGCGGGAAGAGCAUUGACUGA